AUGUAUGAAACAAACCAAUCAAUCUCACUUUCAACCAACCCUUCACACUGCGUGAACUCUCAGUCACGCCAAGCGCUUUCCGACACCAACUCGAAGGCUACGCUUAGCGCUUGCUUUCACCUCCAGCAUGUAGUAGCUUCGCGCUUACCGGCCACUUCCCUCAGUAAUUGCUUCGUGCUUACUGUCCUCAUUUAUUUCGCAAACCGGACCUCUCAGCGUCGACAUACAUCAUUUCCAAUUACCUUCGAUCAUCACACCUCGCCUCGUGCUCGCAUAUCCGGACUUCGGCAUAUUGAUGAUGACGAGAAAGACGCGGACAGCACGAGAAAAACCUUGAAGGCGGAGCUCAACGAGAUCAAAGGGUAA